UUCUCGAUCAGGGCAGUCCAGUUUUGUUGUGAAGGUUUCCCCGGAAGUGUCUGCUUUUAUUUUAGCAUCAGUCCCCCUUGCACACAGACAGCAGGGAUUCGCUGACAGGAGGGUGGAUGCCUGGAGCUGGAAAUGACCUAGAGGCCUUACAGAUACAUUUGUGCUUUUGUCGCUCUAAUCUGCAUCCGCGGAGAGCAGUGAAAUCUGGAAGCACACUUGUUUCCACGGUGAGUAAUAUCUACCUCAGCCAGCAGACGAGGGGGAACCAGGAAGUUGCCGGAGACUUCAGACAGGCAGACAGAGCUAUCAGCUGGCCACUUGCUCACUGCCUGCAGAGCCCUGCUUCACGAAGAGGACUGUAGACGGACUGGAUCUGUCUGCCCCUCGCUUCCCAAAGCUCCUCUACCAGCUGGUGCACAAGGAAAGCCUGAACCACGCCUGAUUCCAGCAUUUACUCUUUUUUCUUUUAUUACUGUCAUUUUUUCUUCCUGCUGUUGACCAGUGUCUCAUUUUGCUUGGAUCCUUUUUUCUCAGCUUUUAAAAUAAUUUUCAACUUUUAUUGGUGCAGGUCGGUAGAGGUUGAUAUAUGUACAUUCAUCCUAUAUAUACUGUGUGAAGAAGGAUUUUCUCCAAAAACUGAAGGAAAGUUAAUGCACUUUAUAGCUCGGCUGUGGAAUCACUCUGAUUGAACUCGAGUGUUUUUGACUCUUCUCCCCCCUGAUAUGAUCGUUUUGUUUGAAGCUGGAAGCAGAGAAUCUGGAGGUGUGUUUUUGCUGUUUUUAAGCAGGGCCUAACAUAUUUGCAGCAGGGCUGCAUGCAAGCAUUUCACUCAGCCUGCAAGUCUUUUUGAUCGCACUCCAAAUCUGACCCAAGUUUGUGCUGCCUCUCUACAAGGUUCACUGAGAUGACCCUCUGGCAGGUGGAAGCAUUGAGCAUUUUUUUUAAAUAACUUGAACGGUUUUCAGAGUCGAGUUUGUGUUUUUGUAAAGAGGACAAGAGCACUUUGUGGGGCAAACAAACUAAAAACAGUUUUGGUGCUGUUGCACCACAUAUGUAUUGUUGUAGUGCACAGGAAAGUAAAAUGGACUACAAGCGUCGCUUUUUGCUCGGCGGGUCCAAGCAGAAAGUGCAACAGCACCAGCAGUACCAGAUGCCUGAGCUGAGCCGGACCCUUAGCGCCUCCCUGGCCUCCUCUUGCUCGGCCUCUUCACCCAUCGGAACUGGGGUGGUCAUGCCCGGUGGCUGCCAUCCUCCUCCUUCUGGUGCCACCACCGCGGUUGCAGACAUCCAGCAAGGCAUCUCCAAAUAUUUGGAUGCACUCAACGUGUUCUGUCGGGCCAGCGCCUUCCUCACAGACCUGUUCAGCAGCGUGUUCAGGAACUCUCACUAUUCCAAAGCAGCUAUGCAACUGAAGGACGUGCAGGAACACGUCAUGGAGGCGGCCAGCAGGCUGACUGCAGCAAUAAAGCCUGAGAUCGCCAAGAUGCUGAUGGAGCUGAGCGCCGGGGCCGCCAACUUUAAAGAUCAGAACGACUUCAGCCUGCAGGAUGUUGAGGUGCUGGGUCGGUGCUUCCUCACAGUGAUGCAGGUCCAUUUCCAGUUUCUAUCCCAGGCUCUGCAGAAGGUCCAACCUGUUGCUCAGUCCUGCCUGGCUGAGGCCCUCGCCCAGGCACAGGAGCGCUGCGCCAACGCCCGCUCUGAAAACUCUGAUCUCGGGCCUCUCACAGAGCUGGAGGAAGCCUCUCGCUUGUGGAAGGGCGCAGCUCAGGCCAUGGCCAGGCUGAGAGAGAGGGGCCGGGAUGGCUGCCUGGCAGGCAUCCAGGUUCAGCAGCUCUUCUGCUCCAACAACACAUCCAUCCCAGAGCACCAGCUGAAGGAGCUCAACAUAAAGAUUGACAGUGCUUUACAGGCCUACAAAGCAGCACUGGAGAGCCUGGGUCAUAGUGAGUACGCACUAAAGGCCGGCUUUCAUCUUAACCCCAAAGCUGUGGAGGCAGCCUUACAGGGCUGCUGCAGUGAAGCGGAGGCCCAGCAGGCUGGUAGAAUGCAGACCACCUCCCAGCCCAUCCAGUGCGAGCUGCCCACCAUCCCUGUACAGAUCGGUUCACAUUUUCUCAAAGGAGUUUCCUUCAACGAGUCAGCGGCUGAUAACCUCAAACUGAAAACGCACACAAUGCUGCAGCUCAUUAAGGAGGCGCUGGGCCAGAACGGAGUGACCCCGAGGGAUGACUCUCCUGUCACUGAGGUCCUCAACCAAGUUUGCCCUUCCAGCUGGAGAGGAGCCUGCAAGACAGCUGUCCAGCUGCUGUUUGCCCAGGCUGGACUGGUGGUUGUUGAUACAGCUCAGAUUGAGAACAAGGAGGCCUACGCUCCCCAGAUCACUCUGGAGGGAUCUAAGGUGGUGGUCCAGGUUCCUUCUACAUGGUGUCUGAAGGAAGACCCAGCCACUAUGUCCCUGCUGCAGAGGAGUUUGGACCCGGAGAAGACCCUUGGCCUCGUAGAUGUGCUCUACACAGCAGUGUUUGACAUCAACAGGUGGAAGGAGAGGAAAGAGCAAGCCCUGCCUACCAUUCAGAUCCAGCUGCAGCGGGAGAUCCCAGACUAUGGCAGUCAGGCAGACCUGCCUCCAGGCACCAGCUCAAAGACCUCCAGUGGGCUGCCUAAAACAAUAUCCAAGCUGACUUCCAAGUUCACAAAGAAAGUCUCCUCCAGUUCUAAUAGCGGAGGCAGUUACUCCAUCCCGAACACCCCAUCUCGCAGCAUGCUUACAACCAGCAGCUCUGAGGAAAAGACCAAGAGUUUGGGCCACAGUGAUGGGAGGAUCCAGAGCAUCCUGCAGAUGGGCAGUUUGUCCUGCACCCCAGACUCUCCUCUGCAGAGCCAGCUGGCCAACGGUUUGGUGUCAGAGGACCAGGGCAUGAACCUGCCAACUGACCAGGAGAUGCAGGACGUCAUCGACUUUCUCUCAGGUUUCAACAUGGGAAAAUCACAGCAGGCCUCGCCCCUGGUCAAGAGGAGGAACUCUGUGGCGUCUGCAAACCCAGCUGAGCUGAAGCCCCCAAGCGGACCUCUGCCCACCUCCCAAUCUAUCUCUCACAAUGUCCUGCAACCCCCUGCUCAGAGCAUGCCCCAACCCCAGCCUCAGCCCCAACCUCCACCAUCAGUGCAGAAGCAGCAGUCUCAGUCACAACCGCAGCCACCUCCUCCUCCACAGCAACAACAGCCUCAGCAGCAGCAGCAACCCCCUCCAGCUCCUCCUCCUCAGCAGCCCUCCCCACAGGCCCUGCAGUACUACCAGCACCUCCUGCAGCCUAUCAGCCAGCAGCAGCCGCCUCCUCCUCAGCAGACGCCACCCCAGGUCCUCCCACAGCAAAGAGUCCCGAGUAAGUGGCUCGGCACCUCUGGGCAGCAGCCCCCACCGCAGGGCCACCCUGCAGGGCUGUCACCCCUGGGGCCAAUCGGGCAGUGGGGCUCUCCUGGACUGCCGGAUCUGAGCUCAGAUCUAUAUAGCCUGGGUCUGGUCAGUACCUACAUGGACAGUGUGAUGUCAGAGAUGCUGGGCCAGAAGCCGCAGGGGCCCCGCAACAACACGUGGCCCAACAGGGACCAGAGUGAGGGAGUGUUUGGAGUCCUGGGAGACACACUGCCUUUUGACCCUGCAGUCGGCUCUGACCCGGAGUUUGCACGUUACGUUGCCGGCGUCAGUCAGGCCAUGCAGCAGAAACGGCAGGUGCAGCACAUCCGUCGACCCAGCAACCCACGCAGCAACUGGCCAAUGCCUGAUGAGCAGCACAGGACCUGGUCACACCCAGAGUACUACAGUGAGGGGGAGGCCGUGAACAGCAGCUGGUCAGCCAAUCAAGGGGACUCGGCCAGCUCCAGCGACGAGACAUCUUCAGCCAACGGGGACAGUUUGUUCUCCAUGUUUUCUGGGCCGGACCUUGUGGCGGCUGUGAAACAAAGACGAAAACACAGCUGUGGUGAGCCAGAGGUGUGCACUCUGCCGUCACCACCACUCCAUCACAUUGGCGAUGAUAACCAGGACAGCAAAACUAAAACCUGGCCUCCUAAAGCACCGUGGCAGCACUCCACCCACACCCACACCAACACCAUGCCCAAUCCCAGCUCUUCCUUGUACCAGAUGAACAUCCCCCCAUCUUCCCAGUGGAGUGACUCCAUGCAGAUGCUGCAGUCUCCCGUGUGGUCCACUGCCAGUGACUGCUCCCCCUCCACUGGCAUCUCCUCUGGUUUCCCCUCCUUCACCCAGCAGCAGCAGCAGCAACAGCAACAACAACAACAACAACAACAACAACAACAACAGCAGCAACACAAACCCAUGACCAAGGGCUUUAAAUCCUUCCCCCUCAAACAUGAGCACAGGCCCUCGUACCUUCACCAGUACUGAUCACGGUCUAAUGUCGAACGUGUUCAUGGUGAAGAGCCACUGAGGGCCUGCAGCUCUGUGAGACAAGUGGGCCGAGCUGCAGCCGUCACAGUCCACACCCACUCAAUUGGAAGAAUUCAAAGCCGCAUAUAGAGGCAGAAUCAAAGUAAACACACUGGCUCAACAUUUUUGUAACUAUAUUUUUCCAUGUCAGACAUCCCACAUUUGAAACAGAGACAUAUUUUGAAGUUUUUUGAACUGCCAUGUUUUAACUAUGAGAGGUGCAUGUGUCAUGCCGGCAGCAGUCUAGUGGUCGUUUCUCUGUCUGUUGAGCUGACGUCUCCUCAGACAAGAGCUGGAGACGUGCACGGCCGUCACCCACUUGCUUCUGCAGCUGAACGUGUGUUUGUUUGUGUACGUGUGUGCGUGCGCGUGUGUGUGCGUGCGUGCGUGCGUGCGCGUGUGAUUGUGUGUGUGUGUGUGUGUGUGUGUGUGUGUGUGUGUGUGUGUGUGUGUGUGUGUGUGUGUGCAACUGAGCGGAUUACAAGGGGGCAGGGGCUUGUGAUGCUCUCAUUUUGCCCGUAAUAAAUAUACUGUGUCUACAUAGCUGUAACUGCCAAAUCUCACGCAAGAUGACUCAGAGUACAGCUACCAUCUACUGUUUCAUAGCUUGUAAAAUACUGAAGUUGAAAUAUAAAUAUUUAGUUCUUUUUAUUAAGAGGCUUUGAGCAGGCUCAGCAUAAAUAUAGUAAGUCACUGCAGAGGUGUCAUUUGAGAGAAAUACACUAAUUUUUCAACAACUGACCAGAGUUUAGAGUUCUAGCAGUAACAAUGUGCCAUGUUGGUAUUGAUAGCACUUGCAGGAUAUUAUUUCCAACCAAAGCAUUGUUCAGAAGAUGAAUGGUGCUGAGGAGACGAGAGGCAGUCUGAGAUUAUAGAGAAACAGUGAAGUGAGACGUCCUAUUGGAUGAGAGCGUUAGGGAACAUCUUCACUUCCAUUCAUUUCCUCCUCCUCUCUUAUUGGCAGUUGUUUGACACUAACUCCCAUAACCCUAACUUUUCUUCUGUUUAAUGAUACAAUAUUUUUCUUGUAAUAUUAUUGACAGUAUUAAUCUUAUUUUUGUAUUUUCUUACAUGUUAUACCAUUACUGUAUGUUAGUAUUCUUGUAGACAUAUUGCAUAAAACAUUAUUUUCCACCUCCCAAUAUGUGAAAAAGCACAUUUUUUCCUACAGAGUUGAACUACACCAUCUAUCUAUAAAGGUUACCAAAUAUGCCAUGCUAAACACUCAAACAUUGUGUGAUGAGGGUGUUUUUGGAGCCCUUGUUUCUUCAGUUUCUAUGGCAAUGGGCUGUAUUUAAAAGCCCAGAAUGUUAUCUUUUUGUGAUGUUUGCGGAUGCCAAUGUUGCCUGUAUUUAUGAAAUGACACCAUGUUUUCAGAAAACUAACAUACUUAACAUGUUUACAGAGAAUUGUUUGCUGUAUAUACAUAUAAAUAUAUAUCUUUUUAUAGUUAAUGUGCUUUGCACAAUCAAGAUAUAGGGUUUGUUGCUUUUUGUCUGUGUUCUCUCCCUAACUGUUGCAGCCUUUUUUAAAGACAUCAUUACAGACCUUGGACUGUAACUGUUAGCUUCUCAGCUGUGUCAAAUGGUUUACUAGUGGCUUCUAUAAAAGAAAAAAAAAGAAUAAUAAAAACAUGUUGCCCUGAUAGAAGAUAUAAAGGGGGACUGCUUGGCUUAUGUUGCUUAUUGUUCUCUUGAGCUGGCAACUGAAUCUUUCCAAGUGUACCAGCAAUGCAAAAAAUGAAUAAAAAAUGACUAGCAAUUCAAAAAGUUGUCUUUUGUAGUUAU